GCGGUAUGCGCAUGCGUAUGUAUAUCGAAAGUGUACUGCAGUUGGUAGCUUCUGACUAGCCUACGGUAAGCACUGGAGUGCGGUGUUUAGUGCUGGCCAACUUCUGCCACAGGAAGGUCUUAUUACUCGGAUCACUUUCUUAAGGUCCAUACUUAAGUUGAACACUUCAUCUGAGACUUACGCACGGAAAUGUCAUCAUUCGCAAACGAACAACUGUCUUUGUACCUCCGGCCCAAGAUGGGGCUGUUUGCUACCAGAGUGAAGCCCAUAGAGCUCAUGGCGCACCUGCCUUGUCUAACGCCAAUUGACAAGGAGGAGAUCCAGGCGAAGAAGGACUUCUCCGGUAACUUCACUGCGAUGCAGCUGCUCAUGGACUACCUACAGAAGAGAUUGAACUGGGCUGAACAGUUCAUAAGGGCCCUGGACAGCCUGGAACAUCAUGACCUGGCUGAAGAUCUCAGAGUAGAGUGGAACAGGUGGAACCGGAUACCCAGGGCCAAUGUCCACCCAGCUCCCCCCACCAGCCCAUCGCCGGCCCUCUCAGAGAGGUCUGGAGACUCUCCACCUAUUCUGGUCCACCAAGCUCAGCCAGUAAACCCAUCAGGGCCAACCCCGAAUGCAGCUCCACUUCCUGUGGUAGCUGACCAACCUGUAGCCUCACCUCCAGCCUCGGCCUCUCCUGUUGUAGCUGCCCCACCCCCACCCUCUCCUGUUGUAGCUGCCCCACCUACUGCCUCACCCUCCCCAGUUGGAGCUGCCCCACCUACUGCCUCACCGUCCCCAGUUGGAGCUGCCCCACCUCCAGCCUCGGCCUCUCCUGUUGUAGCUGCCCCACCCCCACCCUCUCGAGUUGUAGCUGCCCCACCUACUGCCUCACCUUUCCCAGUUGGAGCUGCCCCACCUACUGCCUCACCCUCCCCAGUUGGAGCUGCCCCACCUCCAGCCUCACCCUCUCCUGUUGUAGCUGCCCCACCUCCAGCCUUGACGUCUCCUGUGGUUCUAAACCCACCUAUAUCAGCCCCGCCCACCUCCCCUCCUGGCUCAGCAUUGGUCCAGACACCUGUGAAACGUUCUGUUCAAGACACCUCCCCACCAACAGUCAGAGUGAUCACUGUCCAGCAGGAGGCAGUUAGGCACUCAGUUCCAGUUGUUAAUGAGGUGACUGAAGAGGACCAACACACAGUGUUGCUUCAGAGGUCCCAAAGCCAGCAGCCUCCCAACCAACUCAGGGGCCAGCAGUUCUUCCAAGGCCAGCAGUCCUCCCCACCCCCAGAAGGUGCAGUCUGUUCCUCCAUGGAUGAUGCGGACCAAUUCAUCAGUAAGCCUGGAAUCCUUAUCAGCGGUAUCCAGUUCUUGGGCAGUCCAACUGGCCUAUCCCCUAUCUCUGAAUAUGGCCAGAGUCCAUAUUCUGGGGACUCUGGCCGGCUAGAAAUUAGCGAGUCAGUGUCUGAGUCGGUUGCUCCCCCACAAACUGGCCUUGCUACAGCUGGUUCUCCCGGCCCUGUAACCUCAGACCCUGUAACUACUGCCAGCCCUCCGCUCUGUCGUGAGAAUAGAUUUGCUGAAGGGACCCUGUCUCACAGCGAGGGGCCCAUGAACAAACAACCAUCGGAGCCCUUGCCUCUGUCCCAUAACGAACCUGAGGAGAACACCUAUGAUUCCAAUUGCCUGAGCUCCCUGGGGAACCAGGAGGUGCUGUUCAAUGUAGUCCACGUGUCUGAGGACGCGUCCAUACUGAACAACGACGGCCAGACCACGAGCAUGCUGGGUAUUAAGGUUUUAUGUGCGUCUGAACCCCCCCCACCAGUUCAGAAACAUGACAGCCAAUCCCAGAUCAUGCCUGUCGUUUUAUCUACUGACCCAGACAGCUUGUCUGAACCUAACCAGUACCAAAGAGAGGACAGCCUGGUGAACUUUGUUAAUAAGCCAUUGGAAUUCCAGAGUCCAUGCCUGAAUAUAAUUGACAAUGGUCCCUCAUCCAAUCAGCCUGGCUCUGCUAUUCCACCAGCCAUCGGUGCCACAGUCAGUGGCUCCUCUUCUCAUGAUAACGGUAACCCUCAGCCUGCAGUGGCAGGGGUCAUGCCCAAGAACUGGAAGCAGGAGAAGCUGGAAGCCAGUGGAGUGGGUAUCUACUAUCUUCUUGGGGCUGCUUUCGUGAGCAUCUCCCUGUUUGUGGCCUGGAGGAUGAAGAAAUAAACACUGGGGGUUGAGGAAAGAGAUGGUAGGGUGCGUUAUAUAGACAAUGGUUGGUUGCCAUUUUGGGUACGUUGGGAAUACUGUGAAAAGAAGGGAAGAUCAUGGUUUAAUAUGUUAUGAGACUGUUAAGAAGGACUAGUGCCUUACUAGCUAUGCUGAUAAGAGUGAAAGUUCUGAAACUAUUUGUGGGCCAAGCAUUCUAGUCAGUAAGAAUGAUUAGCAGCACUUUGACCAAUAGUCAAUAUGAUUGUACAUUUUAUGUAAAGAAGCAACUAUAUAUAUAGAUGCUAGAUCCUGCCACACACAGCCUUUGUUUUUCCUUUAGUAUGUCAUUGUUGAACAUAAUAGUGAGUAGAAUAGUAGAAUACAACAAGCACUUUAACUGUGUCUUAAUAUACAUGUAUUAAUCAACAGCAUACAGGGACCUGCACAUAUUGGGGAUUUGUUGGGCUAUUUCAUUUUGAGGGUGCAUACCUUAGGAGGAAACAUGUUCUGUUAUAAGACUAAUGUUUUUAUAGACACAUUGUCAAUUUUAAUGGUAAUUUACACCAAUGGGAUAAUUAAUAUCUGUGCGAUUCUUUCUCGCCAAAGAUGUUGGUACAUGAUGUUAUAUAUGUCAGACACAAUUUUGACAUUUGUGUGCACUGUUUAAUGAACAAUCAAUAAAACGCUCAUGCGGUUAUUUCAAUGUA